GGGGAGGGGCCUAUGCCUGAGUCUCCCGGAGAGGAAGGAGCCCGAAGCUAAGGGCGCUCUGGAACGCGAAAGUCUACUGCGCCCUGGGCCCUAGAGGCGGAGCCGGAAGCUCUCUGGUUUCGUCUCUGAGCCCCUCUGUUUUCGAAGGGGCAGCUCUCUUCCUCUCGGUCGGGUCUGCCUCCCCUCCGCCCCCUUCACCUGGAGCCCGAAACCCCCAGCCUGGCCUGGCGGCGCUGCGGCAGCUGCCGGACCCGGAAGAAGCACUAACUCCCGCCUCCGCCAUGGAGCCCACCGCGCCGUCCCUCACCGAGGAGGACUUGACAGAAGUGAAGAAGGACGCUUUAGAAAAUUUGCGUGUAUACCUGUGUGAGAAAAUCAUAGCUGAGAGACAUUUUGAUCAUCUACGUGCAAAAAAAAUACUCAGUAGAGAAGACACUGAAGAAAUUUCUUGCCGAACAUCAAGUAGGAAAAGGGCUGGAAAAUUACUAGACUACUUACAAGAAAACCCCAAAGGACUAGAUACGCUGGUUGAAUCUAUUCGACGAGAAAAAACACAGAACUUCCUGAUUCAGAAGAUUACAGAUGAAGUGCUAAAACUUAGAAAUAUAAAACUAGAACAUCUGAAAGGACUGAAAUGUAGCAGCUGUGAGCCUUUUCCAGAUGGAGCCACAAACAACUUCUCUAGGUCAAAUUCACACGAGAGUAAUUUCUCUGAAAAACUGAGAGCAUCCACUGUCAUAUUCCAUCCAGAAGGAGAAUCCAGCACGACCCCUUUUUUUUCUACGGAGUCUUCCCUGAAUUUGCCUGUUCUAGAAGUUGGCAGAACUGACAAUCCCACCUUCUCUUCGACUACGCUUCCCAGACCUGGGGACCCUGGGGCCCCCCCUUUGCCGCCGGAGCUGCAGUUAGAAGAAGGAGGAACUUGUGGAAACUCCAGCGAGAUGUUUCUUCCCUUACGAUCACGUGCUCUUUCACGUCAGUGACAGAGAUUACAGCCUUAUUUUUUUUUAAUAAUGACAAAAAAAUAUUCGAAAAGAUUUGAAUCUUUUUAUAGAAUUGCUAUAAUGAGUUAACAUUUGAUAUGUGUCUUAAAAUGCAGUGGAAGCACACUUUGUAAAUAGACUCUUAGAAUAAAAGCUUCCUUUUAGAUAGCUAAAGAAAUUCAUGUUGAUCAUGUACUUUUCAGUGUUUUCUGUUCUUUCCAUUUUUGAAGUAUUUUGAGUAUGUUCUCAUUUUUUAUGUUUUAAGACUAAUUUUAAUAGGGAACAUUUCUCUAUUAGAGAACAGGGUCUCAGGCUGGGAAUAACGUCUCGGUGCAGUUGUGCUAGAAAUUUUUGAGAUCUAAUAGUCCUUUCUAACUCUCAAGCAGAUUUUCAGGUUAAACUAUUUCUGUAUGGAAUUUAUUAAAGCCAGUCACUGACACGAAAUCUGCCCCUGUACUGAAAAGAAUCCCUUUCCUAUUCGGUUGGCCUUAGGGACACUUAGAGAGUCCCCUUCCAAUGUGGGGGAACAUCAGAGAGAGAUGUUGUGGUUGGGGCCACCUGAGAUCUCAAUUUGCCAGAACACGUUUCUUAUUCACUUAAUAGUACCUUGUUAGAAUUUUCACAGUCUGUGCUUAUCAUUUUAAUCCCUAAAGAAAAAUCUUGACAAAAGCCUGCUAUUGCAUAUAAUUUGAUGAGAUUUGAAAAAAAAAUUUCUGUGCUUUUCAUUUGCUUUUAAUGUGGACCACUGUACAAGCUGAAAUAACUAGGACAAAAUGCUCUGUGUGUGUGUGUGUGUGUGUGUGUGUGUGUGUGUGAGACAGUUCUGUCUUUAAUACUGUUUUGAACAAGUGGGUCAUUAGCCUGAUCUGUCUUUUUGUUACGUAACAAAGUUGGACUAAUUUUACACCUUUAUAAAUUUUAUGUUGUCAUUAUUUUUAUUUAAAUUAUAAUUCUACCUAUUUCCAGAUUAUAUGUCUCAAAUAUUUCCAUUACUUUAAAAAAACAGAGAUGGAAUAUGCUAUUAACAAUAAAAGUUCUUAAAUUGUAGUGCUAUUGUUCUGGAAGUUUCAAGUAUUUCAGUAGGAAAUAAAUACCUAAAAUACUUUUU